AUCUCUUGUUUGAUGUUUAUGUUUUUAUUUAUGUUCCAGAGGUCUGAAUUCAAAUUAUCGUCGAGAGGUUUUGAAUUAAAUUGCAAUUAAAACGUUAUUAACCAUGAGAAAUUGUGUAGUACCUAAAUGUGAUUACAAAAACAAGCACAAUCCAAAACGGGCAAUGUUCAAUGUGCCGAUCAAGGAUCCGGAUUUGCUGAAGCAGUGGCAAGCUGUCCUGCCGGUUCGAAGGCCACUGAAAGAGUUCGACCGGGUGUGCGAUCAGCACUUCCGGGAGGAAGACAUCCUUCGCUACUGGGAGCACACCAUCAACGGAACGGUGGAACGAAUGGAGCGCCACAAACCGGCCCUGAAGCCAAACAGUGUUCCGGUGUUCGGCCAAACGGAGGAAGAGGAUGAGGAGGAGCAGAGAAGAGUCGAAACGGUAGAAACUCCCCGGAAGCGAAAGGAGAGGAAUUAUCGAAGCCCAGAGAAGGUGAAGAAAAUGAAAUUGACUGAAGACCAACAAGCAGUUGAAAAUUUAACUAUUGCUGAACCGACACAGGCUUUCGAUAGCAGUACAGUACAUUUAUCGAUAGAAAACCUCGAAGAAUCAGUUCCUGUUCAAGUAGAACAGUUGUCCCACCCAGAUUUCGACACCCUAUACGAUGAGGUGUACGAAGUGGAACUGCCCUCAACCCUCUGGGGCAUUCAUCGAGACGUGCAGAGGACAUUCAUUGCGUUCACCGAAUUCAGCAAGCAGACGAUGAAUGUCCGAAAGUAUCUGUUCAUUGAUCGCUACCUGCAGUACCGGAUGGCCGUUGGGCAAAGGGUCAUGAAACGAGGUACGCUUUCCUCCGGGCUGAUCGAAUCCGUAACCGAAUUGCUGUCCAAACUGGACGAGAUUAAAAUAAGGAAAGUAAUCAUCAAGGGGAGCAGUUCGAUACUUGGGCAAUGAUCUCGGAGUGAUAGCAGUAAGUUACAAAUUUCAUUUAUAAGUCGUAUAGUCUAAGGUAUCGUUUAAUUUAUCAUCAGUCCUAUAUUUCCAUGUUAUUUCGAAAUGAUAGAUUUAGACUUCUGCAGCUUCUCAAGCUCCAGCUGUUUCAUGUAAGCGAGGAAAAUUGUCCACAAAAGACUGCACAUGCUAACAAACGGGACUCGAUUUUUCUCAGGCACCACCGAAAAAUUGAACGUUUGCAACAAAGGCCAGAUGCAAAUGGCCACCUGUAAGAUAAAA